UUUACAGAACGUCUCGUCUGCAUGAGGGCUGUGGAUAAAAGGACCGUGUCCAGCCUCACAUUCAUUAAUCUUGAUUUUCUCGUGUUUCGUCUUAGUGACUUUUAAUCAUGCCAGAGCCGUCCAAAUCCGCUCCUGCCCCGAAGAAGGGCUCUAAGAAGGCAGUAACCAAGGCUCAGAAGAAGGACGGCAAGAAACGCAAGCGCAGCCGCAAGGAGAGCUACUCCGUGUACGUGUACAAGGUGCUGAAGCAGGUUCAUCCUGACACUGGCAUCUCGUCCAAGGCCAUGGGCAUCAUGAACUCGUUUGUCAACGAUAUCUUUGAGCGCAUCGCGGGUGAGGCGUCUCGCCUGGCGCAUUACAACAAGCGCUCGACCAUCACGUCUAGGGAGAUCCAGACGGCUGUGCGCCUGCUGCUGCCCGGGGAGCUGGCCAAGCACGCAGUGUCCGAGGGCACCAAGGCUGUUACCAAGUACACCAGUUCCAAGUGAGCCGCUAGCUUGUGGACCUAGUAACUCGUCCACACCCACACCCCAACGGCUCUUUUCAG